CCUUUCCACUGAUGGGGAAACUGAGGCCCUGUUGAGCUCUCCCUGGGACGUGGCUCUCCAGACUCCCUAAGCCAGACCUCUUCCUCCCCCGUGGAGGGGUUCGGAGUGGGAAGAACACUAAAUUUAGCUUGGUCGCUAGACCUGGCUUCGAAUCCUGGCCCCUGCCCCUUGCUGCUGCCCACGUGACUUCGGGCAGGUCACAUCCCGAGUCAGGGACUCAUUUACCCCCUCUCUUCAACGCAAAGCUUCUGGUAUCGCGGGUGCUGGCAGAGGCGCCUACGACAAGGUUCUGCCUCCCACUUUCCGGCCCAAGGUCCUCUUCCACCCCGCCCACUGGGGUCACACCCCUUUCUCUGGAGGAAACCUGGAAGCUGCAGAGGUCUUCGGGCCUGGAGCUGGGGGGCGGGCAGGGACGACUAAUCGUGACUCAGCUUUUCGGCCAAACGGGCAGGUGGCUGUUAUUGAGUUACAUAAGUCCCCCGUGGGUGCCCAAAACUUCGUCGCUGGUAGAUCAUUGAAUGGUAGAGCUGGAAGAUACAUUUAAUAAUAAUAAUAAUAAUAGCAGCUUCUAUAUGUACACCACCCUUGAAUGUUUCCCAAGCCUUUUACACAGACCACAAAGCUGGCUCUCUAACUCUAAUCACAAAAUGCCCAUAACAAACAUUAUUUUCCCAAAUGAUGAGGCAAAGCACUUUUGUACAACUUUAUAAGCACAGUUAUAAAUGUGAAUUGUUGUGUGGCCCUGGACACAGUCAUAUCACAGCAACUAGUAUGUAAUAGAACCAGGACUCCAGUCCAAGUCUGGUGCCAACUUCAGAGCCCAUCUUUUUUUUUUAAUCUUAAUUUUAUUGCUGUCUUUUAAUUUUACAUUACUUUCAUUUCCAAAAGUACACUUCCCUAUUUCCUACCCAUUGAACCAUCUGUUUUAUUUUUUUUAAUGGAGAAUAAAAGCAAUUAGAGAAAGUCAAUCAAAACAUUAAUGAUGUCUGACAGUGUAUGUGUUCCUCACCUCUGCACCUUUGGCUUGUUUCCCUGCCUCCCUUUGCAAUGAUGGGGAAACUGAGGUCCUGUUGAGCCCGACCCAGGACCCGGUGCAUCCGACUUCCUAAGCCAGACCUGUAUUUUUCCAAGUGCAAACUUGGUCAUUAUGUUUACACAAUAUUCAGUUUUGAUUUUUUUGUAUUUUCUGUUCCCAUUGUUGUAGUCACUCUAUAGUUCCAUCCUUUGUAUUUAGCUUUCUCAUCAGUACAUAUGCCUUUCCAUUCUUCUGUGAAUACCCCAUUUUCAUAUUUUAAGAAUCAGUAAUAUUUUCUUACAUAUAUAUACCACAUUUUGUUUAACCAUUACCCAGUUAUCAAGCUUCUACUUUGUUUCCAGUUUUCAUCACCACAAAAAGUGCUACUCUGUAUAUAUUUGGGAGCUUCCUUGAUUAAAGCCCUUGUCCCAGGCUCUUGGUGCUGUACUAGUUUGUCUCUGUCCCUAAGAGGUCUUAUCAGAGAGAAGUAACAGGAUGCCUGGAAUUAAUACUGUUCAUCUCGGCUAAGGAAAAUUUCUGACCCUGUUCAGCAGCCCUGGGGACUCUAGGGAGAAGAAACUAAAAAAGGGAAAUUCUUGCACAGUGUAUGGGGAGGGGAGUUGGGGAGAUGGAUGGAGAUCUUCAAAUGCAAAAUAGUUUCCCCUGACCUCCCUCUGAGUAGCAAAUGCAGCAUUUUGUCAUCUUGCAUUUAAUGACCACACCUCCUGUUUGCUGCUAUUAAAAAGGAAGGUCAGGAUCAUUAGAAGGGCUGAUAUAGAGACUUCUGGGCAGACAUUGGCUAGUUCUUAGUAAACUUGUUUCAUGGGCUUCUUUUAUGCUGAUCAGCCGAAUAACCUUGGGUUCCCUCACAAUGUUAGAAAACUGUUCUCAAUGUGAAAACAAGGAUUGCAUAAAGCCUAUGAAAGUUGAAAAGAAACUUGGAAAAGGCACAGCCAAAAUUCAGAUUGAAGAUGAUGGGACUUAUUUCCAAGUGAAUCAAGAUGGAGGCUCUCACAAGCUUGAAAAAGCUAAAAUCUCUCUGAAUGACUGCUUAGCCUGCAGUGGUUGCAUUACCUCAGCUGAAAGUGUCUUAAUCACCCAACAGAGUCAUGAAGAGCUGGACAAAGUUUUGAAUUUUAACAAAUCUGCAGAACCAAACCAACAAAAGCUAGUUGUCAUUUCUGUUUCACCACAGUCAAGAGCAUCAUUAGCAGCAAAAUUUCAACUGACUCUUCUAGAUACCGCCAAGAAAUUAACUGCAUUCUUUAAAAAUAGAGGAGUGCACUAUGUAUUUGACACAACUUUCUCAAGAAAUUUCAGCCUCUUGGAAAGCCAACGAGAAUUUGUACAGCGAUUUCGAAGACGCACAGAAUCCAAACAAGCCUUGCCCAUGUUGGCCUCUGCCUGCCCAGGUUGGAUCUGUUAUGCUGAGAAAACCCAUGGAAGUUUUAUUAUUCCUUACAUUAGUACAGCUAAAUCUCCCCAGCAGGUCAUGGGCAGCCUGAUCAAGGAUCAUUUUGCACAACAACAGCAUUUAACUCCUGACAAGAUCUACCAUGUAACUGUGAUGCCCUGCUAUGACAAAAAGUUAGAAGCAUCAAGAUCAGACUUUUUCAAUCAACAGUACCAAACUAGAGACGUAGACUGUGUAAUUACCACAGGGGAAAUAUUAAGGCUGCUGGAACAAGAAGGAGUCUCUUUGUCAGAUGUGGAUCCAGCCCCUUUGGAUGCUGAGUUUAGCAGUGUUUCUGGAGAAGAGCUCCUUGGCCACCACGGAGGAGGUUCUGGUGGUUAUUUAGAACAUAUAUUUCGACAUGCAGCCCAAGAACUCUUUGGAAUGCAAGUGGAUGAAAUCACCUACAAACCCUUAAAAAACAAAGAUUUCCAAGAAGUGACUCUUGAAAAAGAUGGCACCGUUCUGCUUCACUUUGCAUUGGCAUACGGAUUUAGAAAUAUUCAGAACUUAGUGCAGAAACUCAAAAGAGGAAAGUCUCCGUAUCACUAUGUGGAAGUCAUGGCCUGCCCAUCAGGCUGUUUAAAUGGCGGUGGUCAGAUCAAAGCAGAAGCUAUAUCCAGUAAGGAUCUUCUCCAGCAAGUUGAAAAACUAUAUGAGAUGGUUAAGAUUGUUGUGCCCGAUUCAAGUACAGAAAUUAAGGAAUUAUAUGAACAGUGGCUCAAAGGGGAGGACUCUGAAGAAGCUGGGAAAACAUUACAUACACAGUAUCAUGCUGUAGAGAAGAUGAGCACUGGAUUUAAUAUUAAGUGGUAGAGAGGCUGUGUGUCCAGCAUACAGUUUCUGCUGAAUGAAUAGUAACUGUGAAAAUAAAAGGCUGCUGAAGUUGACUGAGCUUGGCCCCAGCAGAAGAAAUCCUAAUAAAGCCAUCAUUCCCCCUACUUGCUAAGAAGAACAAACUGCCAGGCAUUGCCUCAAUCAAGUAUUGGAGCCAUAUUGAGACAAGAGGGCUGUCAGAUAAAACUAGAAACCAGAUUAAGAGGUGAGUUUCUAGUUGAAUGGGACAGAAGACAUUUAUACAUUACAUUUUAUCUGCCCUGGAGUUUUAGCCAAGGAGAUUCAAUAUUCUAGCUUGUGGUGGUGAACCUAUGGCAUGUGUGCCAGCAAGGACACAUGUCAACACAUGCUGUCACAUGCCAUAGUUCAUUACUAGAAAGCCAGAGGGACUUGGGUGGAGCUCCCCCCUCCACACACCUGAAUCACCCAUCCCUUUGCCCUUUGCACGGCAGCCAAUGGCAACAUUUCUUCCCUCCUGUCUGGGGUAAGGCGGGGAGGGGGAGAUCACAUGCUGUGUAAGGGAACAGCACAGUCUGUAGUGACGGUGAUCCCUGUGGUGGGAUUGGAGAUGAGCUAGGUUGGAGGGGGGCAUAGCUCACAGUAUAGCACAUAGCUGGAGGGGAGCAGAGUGCUCGGGCCACUCUCCUCUCCCUCUCUACACACACACCUCUCAUCACCUGCCCCUCUGCCCAAUGGGAGCACUUCCUCCCUCCCUUGCUGGAGAAGGGGAGGAGGCAGCAUGGCACUCAGUCUCUAAAAGGUUCACCAGCACUGCUCUAGACUCUCCCCAACUCCCAUUCAAUCUAGUCUUCAUAUAAGUGAUUUUGUAAGCACUUCCAUGUAUUAUGUGACUCGUGUGUCUGUCACCAGGAUCUAAGAGACCAAGGGUAGUUUCCUUGAUCUCCUUGGUGUUUGUCUCUUUAUUUUUGCACAACUGUUCUGAGAUUUUCCAAUAAUUCAAUGGUGCUAGCAUCAUUUUAAAAAAAUAAUUACUGAUUGACCCCAAAUAUUAAUGUAAAUCAAAAUGUGAAUCAUAAGUCAUUUCCUGAUGUCUGAAGCAGGAGAAAUGAAAGUACCAGAAACAACUGAAGUAGUCUUGACAAGAAUCUAUCCCUAAUUCCUGGUGUCAUCAGUCAUGUUAUAGAAUAUUGGAUUAAAGUAAUUCUGUUGGUCAAAUGAUAAAACUGAAAACCACCUGGUAUGAGAACAAAUGGUAUAUUCAGGUACUUAGGUUCAACAUGUCAAGCAUCUAACCAACUCAGAUGCCUUAAGAAGUCAUCUGUAUGCUGCUGUCUCAGGUAAAACAUAGUAUUAUUUUUUACAAUCUACAGUGACUUCUAGUCAUAAGAAUCUUUUUUUCCUUAUAUGUAAUUAUGUUCUAAAACCUGCAUAUUGAUUUAAUGAACAACAUUAAAAAUCAGCCCCCAGCUUUUUUCCA